AUGUUUGCAAAAUAGCCCAGGCCAAUCUAAGAUAAAAAUAUUUAUCUAAUAAAGUCAAUAGAAAAAUAAAUGUUGAUAAACUUAUCGAAAAAAAAUAAUCGACUUAAAUUUCAUAGUUUGGAUAUGUAUAAUAAAAAAGGACUUCAUUGGAUAAUAUAAAGCAAAGAUUAAAAUGAAUAACUUUAUAAAUUUAGAUUUGGUGAGUUUGUCUUAAUUUAAAAUAUAAAAACAAAUCAUCCUGAUAUCAAAAGUCCUUUUAUGUUAUAAUGUUUAAAUAAUAUAAACUCAUAAGUUUUUUAAAAUUGUUCAAACAACUUAGUUCUCACUAAUCCAUGCUUAUUUAAAAAUAUAAAGAAUAAUCUUUAUUUAAGCAUUAAAAAUGAUGAAUUUUCAUAUUAAGAGUCACCAUAUUAUUUUUAAAUAAUAUCAAUUAAAUAGCAUUAAGAUAUUCUGAAGAUAGAAAGACCAAUUUUAAAAUAAUUUGGAAACAAAAAUUUCUUCAAAAUUAGAAAUUAUAUUUCAGGAUUUUCAUUAUCUGUAACGAAUUAAUUUUAAAAUGAAACAUACUUAACAUCAAAAUCAUAAUAAACUCAAAGUGAUAAUAAAUGGCAAUUUAUAAAAGAAGAAUAACCCAAUUUAUUUAAAUUAUAUAAUUUAGAAAGUAAAUGUUUUGCUUAGGAUUUAUCAAUUAGUUAAUAAUUAGAAGCAUCACAAAUAUUUUUAAAUGCAAAUUAACCAAAACAUAGUUGGAGAAUUUUAUGUAAAAACAUUAUAUUUAAAAUUAGGUCCAAAAAAAUAAGAGUUGUAAUUUGGAAUCCCAUUUUUGAUUUAACAGGAUUCUAAUGGUUAUUAUUUAACAGUAGAACUAUUAAAGUCUAAAGAGAAGAAUAUUAAUGAACUUUCAGUAGUUUUAAAGAAAAAUAUUGAGACUGCAUCUCUAUGGAUAAUAUUUGAUAUGAUAUGA